UGCAGUGCGCAUGCGCGGAUGAGGGGGCGCUGUAGCACACAGAGGAGUAGCAUGUCGUCUUGGGAAAAACGCUUUUGUUUUCCUUUGCAGGAAAGUCGUGGAAGAAAACAAGGAGCAUUUUGGUAACGCGCUGUGUUGCUCUCGGAGAAGUUUAUAUGUGAUGGAUUAUUUUAGGCUACUCGACAGGGACUUUGGUAGUUUGUGGGCCGUUUGACGCCUCGCUGAGGAAACAGUUACCGGAGCUGCUGCAGACUGGAAGGCGGAAGGAGAAGAAGGAGAAGGAGAAGGCAAUUCCGGAGGAAAGGACGGAAAAAAAACUCCAGCCAUGGAUCAGAGAUGCUCUGCUUUUAUUCGGGAGCGGAUUUGUCACAGUAGUCGAUUUGACUGGAACCCAUGCGCUCAUUUAGAGGCAUUAUAAAACUUAUUUUUUAUCCGUCUUCUCCUAUUAAUGCCGUAAAUAAAACUGUUAGUGAGUGAGAGAGUCAAAAUGGCGGCGGCCUGGCCCAUCCCCCAGGCCCUGUUCAUGAUCAUACUGAGCGCUGCUGUGGGCCUGGACCCGUGUCUGUCACCCUGUAUCUGUUCAGAAACUCCAGACGGCACUAAACUUGUGGACUGCAGUCGGAAAGCGCUGUCUGUUGCUCCUGUGCCAAUCCCAGCAUGGGCCGCUCAUGUGUCUCUGAAUCAUAAUGAGUUCUCAAGUGUGCCUUUUCUUGGAGAUGCUUCCUCAAACAUCACUGCGUUGUCUCUGGUAAAUAACCGAAUCUCUGAAGUGGUGGCUGAACAGCUUCUGCCCUAUUCAGUCCUGGAAAGUCUGGAUCUGAGCUCCAACUCCAUCUCAGAGCUGAAAGCUGGAUCAUUUCCUCCUAUGCAGUUGAAAUACCUGAAUCUGAGCAACAACAAAAUCAGCUCUCUAGAACCGGAUUGCUUUAACAACAUCAGCUCUCUGCUGGUGCUGAAGAUAAACAGGAACCGGUUAUCACUACUGCCUGCUAAAGUCUUCACUCUGUCUCAGCUGCAAAUUCUGGAGUUGAAGCGCAAUAAGAUCAGAGUGGUAGACAGUUUGAUCUUCAAAGAACUGAAGGCUCUGAAGUCUCUGAAGAUGCAGAGGAAUGGCAUCACGAAGCUGAUGGACGGAGCUCUUUUUGGACUUGCUGAUAUGGAGGAAUUGGAGCUGGAACACAAUAACCUCACCGAGUUAAAUAAGGGUUGGCUGUAUGGCCUGCACAUGCUCCGUGUACUCCGACUCAGCCACAACAACAUCGGUCUUGUCCGAGCUGAUGCCUGGGAGUUCUGCCGCCGACUGGAAGAACUAGAUCUGUCCCAUAAUCACUUGAGUCGUCUGGAGGACUGGGCUUUCUCUAGCCUCGGGCUGCUGCAGAGUCUAAACCUGGGCGAGAAUCGCAUCACGCAUCUGGGAGAGGGAGUUUUUGACAGCCUAGCAAACGUCCGCACGUUAGAUAUCCGUAACAACGACCUAUCUCUUGUUAUUGAGGACACGGUCAGUUUGUUUGCGGGCAUGAAAAAGCUCAAUACAUUGGUACUUCAGAAGAACAGCAUCAGGACCAUUACAGAAAAAGCCUUUGAGGGUCUGAAGGAACUAGAGCAUCUAGAUUUGAGUAAGAACCGGAUCAUCUCUAUUCACCCUGAGGCAUUGUCUCGCUUGAAACUCAAAUCCCUUGAUUUGAACACCAGCGGUCUCCUCUGUGACUGCAGUCUGAAGUGGCUCGGCCAGUGGCUCACUGACAGCCUCUUCCAGCACUCAUGCACCGCUGUGUGCGCAUAUCCUGCCGCUUUGGCAGGCAGGAGUGUCUUUAGCGUCCCCCUGGAAGAAUUUGUGUGUGAUGGCUUCCCUCGGCCACAGAUCAGUGGGAACCCCAAGACGGUGGUGGCCCUGCGCAGCACCAACGUCACUCUCAACUGCUCUGCCUUCAGCACUAGUGACUCUUCCAUGAACGCCACCUGGAGGAAAGACAAAGAGGUGCUGUCUGAUGCGCAGGUGCAAAACUAUGCCCGCUACCAGGACCAGCAGCUCAUCUACACCAGCAUGCUCCAUCUGCUUAAUGUUAACUUCACUGAUGAAGGACGCUACCAGUGUGUAAUUUCCAACAACUUUAGCGCGAACUACUCCACUGAGGCCAAAGUGACAGUUAAUGAGCUGCCCUCCUUCCUGAAAACACCCAUGGACCUGACGAUCCGGACUGGCACCGUUGCACGGUUGGAGUGUGCGGCAGAGGGACACCCUCCACCCCAGAUUGCCUGGCAGAAGGACGGGGGCAUCAACUUCCCUGCUGCCCGUGAGAGAAGGAUGCAUGUCAUGCCCGAAGAUGACACGUUUUUCAUUGCCAAUGUGAAGGCGGAGGACAUGGGCGUGUACAGCUGCACUGCCAAAAACGAGGCAGGCAGUCUGUCAGCCAAUGCCACACUCACUGUGCUGGAGACUCCAUCAUUCCAGCGCCCACUAGAGGAUCGCACAGUAGCACGUGGUGAGACUGCCGUUCUUCAGUGCAUAGCCCGUGGUAGCCCCGCCCCCCGCCUCAAUUGGACAAAAGAUGACGGCCCAUUGCUGCUAACGGAGCGUCACUUUUUUGCAGCAGCCAAUCAGCUGCUUAUUAUUGUGGAUGCCAGGUCUGCAGAUGCAGGGAAAUACACCUGCAUAAUGUCCAACACGCUGGGCACAGAGCGAGGACACAUCUACCUCAGCGUCUCAUCCUCUCCCAACUGCGAGCAGGCUGGCGGUGGCUACGACCCUGACGGCUGGACUACAGUGGGCAUUGUGGUGAUGGUAGUUGUGUGUUGUGUGGUGGGCACGUCGCUGGUUUGGGUGAUAGUCAUCUACCACAUGAGACGCAAGAGUGAGGACUACAGUAUCACUAACACAGAUGAGAUGAACCUGCCAGCGGACAUCCCCAGUUACCUGUCAUCCCAGGGCACGCUGUCUGAGCCUCAGGAAGGCUACAGCAACUCUGAGGCAGGCAGUCAUCAGCAGCUCAUGCCCUCCCUGACUAAUGGCUAUGCUCAUAAAGGAACUGAUGGUGUGUGUUAUGGUGAAGUGGGAGGAGAGAUGGACCCAGAGACCAGUGGGAUGCUGGGUAAUCAUGUUGGGUCCCUGUUUGCUGGGCGCAGCAGCUUCCAUCCGGGCGAGCCAAGGGACAGUCUGGCACAUAUGUCCAAUGGUCUGUGUGCAUGUGGCACCGCCCCAUUGGUCAUCUGCUCAGACUGUUAUGACAACGCCAACAUCUACUCUCGCACACGGGACUACUGCCACUACUCAUAUCUGAGUGAAGAAGAUGCUCUGGAUGCCCAGCUGCCCAGAGACACAAUCAGAGAGGGGCAGCACGAGGAUGCAGCGCUGCAUGACUUGAUCACCCGGGACUCUCAGGAGCCCCAACACCAUGCCUUACACCACUAUAGUAGUAAAGAUGUUCCAAGCAGAUCGUUUUGGAGUGGAGUAGACCCUCAUUCUUCUGAGUUGCCCCCAGGGUCAGUGACUGUACACAAGCCACCCACAGGUCCCUCUUAUGGGAACGACCAGGAGGAAAGAACAGGAGGGCUAGAGGAAGCCUCGUACAGGACUAACCCUCAGGAUCACAACCCUCCGAACACAUAGAGCCCAACCAACACCCGGCGUUUACGCCCUGCUCAGCGUGCCCUACAAUCCCACUACCUCUUCCAAGGAAGCUCAUACUCUGUCAAAAAAAGCAACCCAAACUCCACUCUCUUCUGUGUUUACAUUCUGUACCAUCCCUUCAUUGGAUCCUGCUGGUGCGUGUGUGCGUGUGUGCGCGUUUGUUUCUUGUGAACAACCCUUUCUAGGACAUAGUGGUGAUCUUCUUCUCACUGAUUCCAUACAAACUAAUCCUCUGGUUUAGGCUGAGACUCUGAAUGUAAUGUUUCUUGUAAAGAGUCUUGCUCACGUUGCCUUUUGUGUUAAGGGUUUUUUUUGUUUUUUUUUUUUUUUGUUUUUUUUUUGUUUUUUUUUUUUUUGCCCUUUUCCCCUACUGUGGGGAACAUCAGCUCCCAUGUGUAUGCCAAAGCAUUGAGCCAGCCCUCUUUUAUGCUGCCCUGGCUCUGAAGAAGUGGUGAUCCUUGUCCUUGUAGGGAUCCUUGUAUGAAUCAAUCCCUGUAUUGUUGAAUAUAUGUAGGAGGACAUCACUCAGGCAGUCAAAUACUGUCAUGGACACAAAUAUACAUUCUGGAUUACUCUUUCCUUUUGGUCACAUCGAGCAGGUGAUGGUGGCAUGUGGGACAUUUUUCCUUUAUUAGAGUGUAUGCAGUUCCCUUGCUUCCUGUCCAAUAUUAUAAGAUGAAGUUCCUUUUUGUCAGAUUUUUUUUUUUGUUCACAAAGCCAGACAUGUAUCCCAUUCCCUCUUUGUUUUUAAAAAAAAAAAAGGCACUGUAUCUGAUAGAAGAUGUAGAACAUUUGCAAUGUUGACAAUCGAGCUACAAGCAGUCUUACAGGGUCCUCCAUGUGCAUAGAGUCCAUGGCCACUUUUUUUUUUUUUUUUUUUUUUUUUUUUUUUAAAAACAAACCCAAAUACAGUGCAUUCCUGUAUUUUAUUUAUUUAUUUUUAUUUUACUAUUCUUAUGUGUUCUUGUAGCUGUUGCCAUGGCUCUCCCCUGAAGCCAUUUCUCUUCAUUUUGUAGAAUCUGAAGGACUCGCAAAUAAGAGCCACUGUACUGUUAAAUAUAUGUAUGAGCACUGUAUACAUGGUGCCGAUAAUUUAGACCUUCCUCCCAUGCAUUUUAAAGCCUAUAGGGCACUAAGUGUGUGUGUAUCAGACACUGUUUAGUGCGCCAUCUAAUUCUGAACUUCAUUUGUACAAUUGGCCUUGAGCUGAUUAUCAGAUUGCAUAUAUAUCUGUAACACAGAUUUCAUUAGUUUUUAACAGUGUGAUACUGUUUAAAAUGGCCACUUUGUAGCACCACUUACACAUCUGAGUUAGUAACAGAAUCAGAUACGUCCAUAUCAGUGACGUUGUCAGUAUUAAUAUCAUUCUCACCAUGGUGACCGCUGAAAUUAAAGGUCACUUGAUUGGCAUUUGAAGUAAAAAGCCAGUGCUUAUGAGUUCUCGCUCUAGUUGAGUUAACUGGCCUCAUCCAGUUUUUGAUAUUUUGUUUGGACUGUUAUUCCUCACAUUGCUGAAUUGCGUAUGUUUCAGAUUUUGGUGUGUAAAAUCUACGUCUUUAAAUGAACAGUGCUGUAGUGGGGGAUACUUCUUUAUUCAGCUUACAGAGAUAUUGCACCAUGAAAUAAGCUGUAUGUUUGGGCCAUAAACAGAAUGAUUCCUCUCCCUACGCUAGAUUUUGUCCUGAUCAUUAGCACUUUCUGCCUGUAGUACGUAGAUUGAUGUUCAUUACAGUAUAUGUCACAUUCUUUCUUUUUGCCUGUGAUUGUCCGAUUUCACCCACACUCGGUCUGUCAACACCUAUACAAUCCUAUAAAUGCUGCACAUCCCUUAGAAGGAUAAUUUGUUCCAAAGAGUGUGUGUGUGUGUGUUACUGAGUGUGAGGGAGUGAAAGACAAAACUGAGGUACUCUUAACAUGUAAUUGUAAAAUGUGUGUAUUGUAAAAUGCACUGCAGCAUUAUGUCACUACAGCCAGAUACAGUAUGUAUCAAUUAUGUGUUAUAUUUAUUUGAAGUGAAUAUGCUAUUGCUCAGUUGUUUGCUGAUAAGUGUCUGCUGGUGCCACAUUUUCACAUAGUUUGAAACAGUUUUAAUUUUUUGGAUAUAAUCUCAAUUUAAUGAACAUAUGUUGAUGUUUUGCUUUUGUUUCAGCAUGCUGUCUUGAUUUCCAGCUGUUUUAUGAUUUGCACAUGAUCCUUCAUUCCACUUUACGAAUCAGACCCGUGUCUGAGAGCAGACCCGUGUUGUUAUCCAAUUCUAACAGUAGCAGCAGGUGUGUGCUGCCAGAGGUUUAUGGUGAAGUUUUCCAGGUAUUAGCCAUAAAUAAAUAGCCAUAGAGCAUACCACUGCAAUUACUUGCACACUUUUGCUGUCAGAAAUUUAAGGCAAAGUAAAUUCACUGUCCUAUAUGGAAGAUGUCUAAUGGUACAGCUAUAAUGGAUUUUACUGAGCAAUUAUAAAAAAAUUUUUUUCUUAAUAGGUAUGGUCUGAGAAUUUGAGUUGAAGGGUACAAAUGUAAGUGAAAAGUCUGAAUUCGGUUCACAAUUACAUCUGCCAAUAUGUCUUUCUGAAUUUAAACCAAAGUUCAACAUUAAUGCUUUGACACUAUUCCAGUGCUGCUUUAAUGUAUUUUCUUUCUAUUUUUUCUAUAGUGUACCUGUACAUUCUGUAAAGCAUGUAUAAAGAACUUUUUGUUUUCAUGUUGCAUAUUAAACAAUAAAAUGCAAAUUCUGACAUA